GUGGCUGCAGCACACGGCUCAGAGCACUACAGAGGAGGACCUCAGCCCGACCACAGGAAGGAUCUCACAAGACAAGUCCACUUUGACUUCAGAAAAAAAAAACGUGUGUUUUUGAGAGCAGUGUGAAAGAGCUGAGCCCAGAGAGAGAGAGAGAGAGAGAGAAAGAGAGAGAGAGAGAGAGAGAGAGAGAGCGAGGACACCCCGACACCCAGCAGAACCGCGUAGUCCACCCGAGACUAGACAGAGGAGAGGGAAGGCUGCUGAGAAUGGACCGCAAUCCGCAGAUCUGGACUGUGCAGGGCAACCCCCAGGACACGGGCAGAGAGCUGCAGCAGAGGGUGUCGGUCGCGAACCAGCCCGAGUGCUCCAUCUGCUACAACACCUACGACAAUGUCUUCAAGACGCCCAAGCUGCUGGAGUGCACCCACACCUUCUGCCUGGAGUGCCUCUCCCGCCUCAUGGCCGUGUCUCAGGCCGAGCUCGACAGCAACAGGGGCAGCAACAGUGACAACAAACACCUCUCCUGUCCCUUCUGUCGCCACCCCACCGCACUCUCCGAGGAGGGGCCCCCCGCCUUGGCCACCAGCCGCGAGGUCCUUUGCAAGCUGCCCAACCACCAGCAGCAGGCGAAGCCGGUGUGGCUGGAGGGGGGGAAGCUAUGCUACAAAAGCUCACGGCACAGCACCAGCGUGGGCGCCCCCGAAAGUCCCACGGCCCUCUGCGUCUGCAUUGACAUUGGGGCCACUAAGACGGCCGGCAUACCGGUCAUGACACCGCCCCCCAGUGGUGGCCUGCUGGGCCGCCUGACAGACUGGAAGAGGCUGAUGCUCUUCAUCGCGCUCAUCGUGCUGCUCAUCGUCAUCGUGCUGUGGCCUCUGCAGUGUGUGUUCACCACUGGGCACUUGCGCUGUAUACACAGCUCAAGGCCCACCGUCACUCCAACCACGUCUUUUUCCGGCCUAAUUUCCAGACAACCUGGUCUGACAGAGUAACCCUCUGGACACUCGCUGGACUUCGUUUGAACUGCAUUAUAUUGUAUAUGAGAUUUUUAUUUUAAAUAUCUGACACUGAGGUUUUGCUGCAUAACUUCAAAUAGAUUUUGAAAAGCGCACUUGAUGAUUGUGACACACAACUGACAACACUGAACCACCGAUGUUAAAGCCACAAUGUAAAGGCUUUUUAAAUGUCAGACUUUAGUGAACCCCGGUGGCAGUUUAAAAAAAGACACCUGGACAGACAUUGGGCCGACUCUGGACAUUAUAUCAAAUAUUAUCUGGAUCAUUGUAAUUAUUGUAAAGGUGAAAAUCAUAAUCACAUACACAAAUGUCCACAAAGCUGCUUUAACUAUACAAAUAUUGAAUUGAUCAUUCUCUAUUCAUCACUUGUUCUACAUGAGACUGUUCAUACAGGCCCGUGAAGCAAACAGUCUAAACAUUUGCACUAUAGCCGACACCUGUAGCUUGAAAUGAGACAAAAGGAAUUUUCCACUGUUUUUGUCAUCAUCCUUCAAGGAUCACACAACAAAGAGCUCAGGUGGGUCGAUCUUCACCAUUUCACACAAGCCCAACUGUGACGUUUAAAAUGUCCUUGGCUGAAGGAUGACAUUUCGUUUUUGUAAUUAAUAGAAAAGUGUCCGUUGCAAUACAGAAUAGAUAUGAUUCAAUUGUGCCAACUGAAAAGUUUAUACUGUACAAAUGAUUUGUGUGUUUCUGAUGAAGAUAUCUUUGUUUACAGAACUAUAAUAAAACAAAUGUGAGGUAGCAACUCAGAUCCUGUUUGUACACGCAGCCUCAGAAUGAAUAAAGAUAUCACUUGAUUUGGAA